UGCUCAGUAUUACAACGACUUUGAAUCGGCUACAAUUACCGCCAACAAAACGAACGACACAUUUUUUAUUUAACAAAAAGCAAAUUGCAACAUUUACCAGUUAAUCUAUAUCAUUUAAAAUGAAAUUGAUCAAGAAUAGCUCAACAACCCUGGUGAUCCUCCUUAUUAUAUUUACCUGCUGCACCCAGGAAACGGAAGGAUUGCGUCGGGUGAUGCGUGGUCGUCGAACACUGACACGCAGAUAUUUCUCUGGCUUGGCCAUACCCGGUUGGGCACUUGUUACGCUGAUUGGUAUUAGUGAACUUUUGCUUGGAGCCGUACUUUACUUUGUCCUCUACAAAUUCGUUCUUACGAAGGACUAUGAACCGACCACAAAUACGUAUGCACCAGCAGCAACAAAUGAGGUAUAAAUGGUGUGUGGGUGAGGGGCAGUUGCAGCAUGUAAGUUAAGUAGUAAGAGAUGGUAAACGAAUAGCGGGCGGUUGGUGGUGGCACUGAAUGGAAAUACAGACCACAAAUAGAAAUACAGAUAGACAGACGAAGGACAACUCAAUACAGUAGCAGUUAUAGCAGCAUCAGCAGAAUCAACAUCCAACACAUAGAAAAGAAGGAUCUAAGCAAUAUCAUCAGCAUGUCCUGCUGUAAACUCUGAAACAUUUUAGCCAAACAAACACAAAGAGCAUUGAGAUAAUAAAACCAGCAGCAGCGACCAAAAACCAAAAGCAGACAGUAACACCAUGCUCUGUAAGGACCUUUUAAGCCGAAAACCAAAAAAAAAAAAACAUCACAAUAAUAACAAAGCCCAUCCUCCCCACUUCUAUAAACCAUCACACCGACGUCGGCAAUACCAGUAAUGCAACAGAAUGAGAAGACUACGACAACAAAGACAAAAAAAAUAUAAAACUAUUUUAUUAAAAAUAACAAACAGCAAAACUUUGUCAACUUUUUAUGUGUUUGUUGCUUUUUUUUUAUCCAUUGACAUAGAAACGUACUUCCA